UCUCUCUUUUCUUUUACUAAAGUUCAAUGAACGAUAAUCAUUAUAAAGUAACAACCCAACGGUCUACAUCAAUUGGCAAUACAGAUACAAACAACACGAUGGAUCAGGAGCAAUCGAGUUUUCCUGAAAUGGAAAAAAUGAUUCAUAGGCUAAGUGUGAUUGACAAAAUAACCAUCCCAAUACAUCAAACUCCAGGUGAAUCUGAUAUGAGUAUCUCCAGUUAUGCUCAACGCCAACCAAAAGAACUUCCACCUAAUCGAAUGGGCCCACGUGAGCAAGAGGAAGCAGACGAGUAUAUAAGAAAGGCAAUUGAAUGCUUGUUUAAUAAUCAAUUUAUGGAAGCCAAAUCUAUAUUUCAACACAAGAUAGACAGUGAUCCGUUGUAUGCAAAUGGACUUGGCUUGAUGACUUUUAUAAAAGCUAUCAUGACCCGUGACAAAAAUGAUACCAAUCUAGCACUAAGUGUGCUAAAGGCAGCUGAAAAGGUUGCCACAUGUCAAAUAAAUGCAAAAGGCGUCAAGAAGGGAUAUAGCAUUUCCAACUACUUUUCUUCACUUAUCGUGCCAAAUCAAACUGGGCUUCCAUCAAGUCCACAGACAUGCUCUAAAAGAGAAGUAACCGACAUCGAGUCACUAUUCAUGGCAAAUGGUACAUUAAGAGCCUAUGUAAUCAAAGCGGAGGCUUGUUUAUUGAGAGGAGCAUUACAAAUCCUUCAAGAGAACGCACUUGAAUUGACAAACUGCAGUUCGAGUUUACAUCAAGCAUAUAACAACUAUACUAUCGUUUGGCAAGAAUAUAAGAAAAUGGGCCAAGCGUACACCAAACAUAUGGAUCGUGAUACCGUUGCUGCUUUGUACUUUGGUCUCGGAUCAUUACAUUUACUUGUAUCCUGCUUUCCUCCCUAUCUAUCCAAGCCAUUUUGGAUUCAUGAUUUUACUUGCAAUCAACAACUUGGCUUUGCUCUAUUAAAGAUUUGCAUAGAAUCGAAAUGCAUAAAAUCACCUUUUGCAUCUUUAAUAUUACUAUGUUAUUAUCUGAUCCUCUGCAGCCAAACAUCUCAAAUAUAUACUCAAGAACUCGUGGAACCUGCCCUCGAGUGUCUAACCGAAGCGCAAAAGAAGCAUCCCAAGUCUUGCAUCUUUUUCUACACUGCUGGUAAACUCUCUCGUAUUGCAAAAAAUUUGCAGCUAUCCACGCAGUCGUUCCGGGGCGCUCUAUCGUCCUGCACAGAAGAAUGGGCUCAUAGUUCUCUAAAGCAGACAACGACGUACGAGAUUGCCAUGAAUCAUAUCUUGCAACUUGAUUGGAAGUCUGCUGCUAAAUAUUUUAAAGAGCUCCAAAACGCGGGCCCAUCUGUAUUUUAUCAAUAUAUGAUAGGAGCCUGUCAGGUAAUGCGGGGAGAACGAACAAAGGGCAUACUGUCGUUGGCACAGAUACCAGACAUGAAAAUCAAAAACAGACCAUCCUCUCUGGAAGCCUACGCUCUUCAAAAAGUAGAGGCCUUUCAAAAGAAAGGAUACCAGGAUAUAAACUACUACCUACCUGGACUCGAACUCUUGCUCAUUUGUACUGCGUUUGAACAAAUGGAUGAUACUACAUUAGAAAAAUGUCUUGGUCUUGUCCAAAGCACACUCGAGUCGAUUUAUGAACGUGAGAAAUUAGAAUACAACAUACGUGCCAAACAAAUUGCACCUAGUGUCGACUUGCCAGAUUAUUACGAUCAAAGAAUUUUGCUGUUGCUCAUCAAGGCUUCCAUCUUUAAUGCUUUAAAAAAGUAUGAUCAGAGUAUCGCGCACAUCAACUGGAUUGUAGAUAAUUUGGAGCAUCUAAAGACAGAAGCAUGGGUAAUACCCUUUGUCUAUUGGGAGGCAGGUGUAACUAGUUGGGGAUUAAGUGAUUAUGCAAAAAGUAAAGAAGUUUGGGAAAUUGCCAUGUCGCAUACAAAAGACCCAUUCGGAUAUCAGCUCAUGUUACGAUUGAGUAUUGCGUUAAGGAAAUGUAAUGAAAUGAACAUCAAGAGUCCAGAACCAGCAAGGGAGCAAAUAGGUUUAUCUACAAACGGGAAAAGGAAAAUGCCAAUUGUAAAAAAAUAAAGACGAUAUUAAACUUUAGAGCCACCAGUGGUCUUGCAUAUAUGCGUCUGAAAAGUGCUUACCUCUGUCUGUGGUAAUGGGAGGUGACCUUUUU